CUCAAGGAUGUCACAGAAGAAUUUCCCAAACAGUGUAUUUUAACAGAAGAACUGACCAGGGAGGCAUUGCCUGAUGAAAAAACAACAAUGUAUCUUGAUGCAUUAAAAGCCCGUGUUAAACGAGAGAAGGAAGAAAAACUGGAACAAGAGCGACUGAAAAAAAUGGAAGAAGAAAAAAGAAAACAGAAGGAAGAGGAGUAAAUUAGAAGGAAGGAAGAAAUGGAAAAGACCGAAAAAGAAAGAAAGGAACAACAGGAAAAGGCCGAAAAGGAAGAACAGGAAAAAGCUGAAAACUCAAAAGACAUGGAAAUUGGAACUGAAAAACCAGAAGAAACCUCUACAACCACUCCUGAAGACCAGAAACCAGAUAUUACUGUUACAAAAACCAACACAGACCAAUCUGAUGUACCAACCAGCACCAUUCAAACCAUUCCAGAGAUUAAGGAAGAAAUUCCGAAACCAUUAGACAAAGAAACCAUCCCAGUUCCUGCAAGUUCUACCGGCGAAGGGUCACAACCUUUAACCCCAAAUGCAACAGGGUCACAGCUUUCAACCCCAAAUGCAACAGGGUCACAACCUUUGACCCCUGUUAAACCAGAAUUGCAAACAGCAAUAGAAAGCAUCACAGAGCCUCAACCAACAAACCCAAUUACUGUGGGGUCACAGCCUUUAACCCCUAAAGCUUCAGAAUCAUCACCUUUGGCCCCCGAACUUGCAGGGUCACAACCUUUGACCCCAAAGAUAAUGACUUCUCAACCUGUUACUUCUACUUUAUCUGCUUUGAAAUCUUUGACGCAAUCAGUCUCAGGAUCGCAAUCAUUGACCCCAUCAGUAUCAAGGUCACAACCUUUGACCCCUGUGGUACUGAGUAGUACCCCUACAAGACCAGCAAUUACUUUGACCCCAAGAGGAGCCAUAAAUCCUGUCCUAACUCCGAAGCUGAUCCAGGGAGGUCAAGGAAAGAACAUACAGGUUAUUAAAUUGAACCAAAAGCCAGUCCAAUCCAACAUCUCUCAGUUGAAGACAUUAUUUGUGUUGAACAAAGACGGAUCAAAAACUCAAAUAACUCUGGGACCCGCAGGGAAACUCAUGCCUGCUAAUGCUACAGGUAAUGCUCCAACCCAACUCAAUCGACAGAUCCUGGUUUUGAACUCAGCGAAGGUGGCUUUGCCUAAAGUUAACAGAGAAUUGAAGAAACUUGAGUUCACAGGAGCAGGACCUAAGACAUUGAAUACGACACCAACCACGCAUCAUAUAAUCAGCACACCUCAUCAGCUGAGACGGGGGAAGCCCAUGCCCGCGACUCCUACAACACCAUCACAGACUCCAGUCACCAUUAAAGAAGAACCAAAACCAAAGAAGAUAUUGACGCACGAUGAGGAGGCGGAAUCAUAUUUUAGACUAGGAGAAGACAAAGCGUAUCGUCAGUAUGUGAACCAUUAUACAGAAAACAAUCUUGCUCUGAAUAAACUUCAACACAAAGAAGAGAGGGAUAGAGAGAGAUAUUUGUCGUAUAAAUUCUCAUUGUUCGGGGAGGGACAAUUCAAAUGGAUCGGAGACACUAUGGGGAAUGAGAAAUCCAUGCUGGAGACACUUCGUAGCACUUUGAUGCAUCUGGAACACCAAAUACCUUUAUGCUUUAUGCAUACAAAAUGGGAAAGGUAUAGAAAAGCUUGGGGAAAGAUUGUGCUUGGAUGUGACACUCCACAGAACUUUGCUGCCGCUCUCGGAAUUCUUGAGAUGGCGACAAGAAACGUCGUGAAACGAUCGGUUUGGAGAGUUUCGAACGGAUUACCGAAAAUGAAACGAGUGUCUGUUACCGAUAAAGAAGAAUGGGAUAAGAAGAGAAAACACAAGUUACGAGCGGACGAAGAAGAAUCGAAUAGAAAUGCUGUUUGGUGCAAAUAUACAUUCCCUAUCAAGAGUUCAUUGGUGUGGAAAGUUCGUGGUGAAGAAUACCGGAUGACUGGUUAUGGAGGUUGGAUUUGGGUUUCAACAACGAGACUGUCUAAAACCCGUCCGUACACUCCAAAACCAUUCACACUGGUUCAUGAAAUGAGCAAGGAUGCUACUCCCACUACAAAUGAAAAACCAGUUAAGAUGGAAGUCGACACUCCAGAGAAAAAAGAAACUGUUCCAGUCCUCCCCGAUAUUGACACAGACUCAGAAAAAUCAACAUCGACUACCAGCACUACGACAACAAAGUCCGCAGAUUUAACCGAAGAAAAAACAAUUUUCGAUUCAUUGGUGCAAGAGGCUUCUUCUCAAUCAAAACCCAUUGUGACAUCAAGUGAGACUACUGUGACAUCACAAUCUGAGUCAGAUACAGUGACAACCACAGCUAUACCCACUGUGACAUCACAAUCUAAAAGUCCUUCUGAGCUUUAUGACUCUAUAAUUAACUCAUGUGAUGUCAUAAAUGUAUCUGAGAACCUUUUGAAACGUACUCCCAUAUACAACAAGAAAUGGUCGGCUUCCAAAGUGGAUAUAUUAUUAGGAUGGAGAAUGGUGCAAAAGGAGAAAGAAGCUGAAAAAGCUGAAGUUAAGGCUGUUACCAAUAGCGACAGCACCACAAGUGAACCUAAACCAGUUGCCGUAGUAACAAAAUCAAUAACCACAACAACAAAUGUAAAAGCACCUACUGAUGUCACCAUGGCAACUUCAGUUGCCGUGAGCAACAAACCGAAUGACAUUGUUAAAGACUCUGUUGCUAUGGAGACUAAUAAAACAUCGCAGACAACAACCAAUUCUGUCACUAUGGCAACUAAUGAAAACAAACAUCUCGUUGAAGAGAACAAAGAGGAUUCAGAAAUUGAUGUGGUUGGUGGUAUGCAAGGGGUUAAUUCUGGGAAGAUUCUCGAAGGCACCAGUACGAUGCCACUGCUAGAUAAAAUCCCUUGUAUUAAAGAGGAAUUACAAAGUGACAUUGAAGCCAUGCCACAGCAAGUCAAUGAACCUAUGGAAAUUGAUCCUCCUGUCAGUGCAGAUGCCACAAGUACAGUAAAAACCAAUUCUGUUCCCACGGCAGUGAACGGUGCCACAACCAGUACCAAAUUUGAAAUACCGCAAAUAUCUGAAUCAGAUCUCAACACUGGGGACGGUGACACCAAAUUAGACCCUAACAUUCCAAAUUCCAUUCCCGCUGUAACUGAUUUUGUUGAUGCCACAACUGAUUCUGUAGAUACCACAACUAAUUCUGUUAAUGCCACACCUGAUCCUGUUGAUGUCACAGCCAAUCCUAAUCAUGCCAAAGGCAAUCCUAUUUGUGCCACAACCGAAACUGAAAACCAUGUGGAGACUGAGACUAUAACUUCUACUGAUGACUCCCUUACCAAACCAGAUGCCAUUACCAAUUCAUUUGAUGCCACGACCAAUGGUAUCAGCGCAGACACCAUAACUACAGAAGACACCACUGAAUCUGUCGAUAGUAUCGUUGAGACCACUCAGACCAAUAUGGUCAGCGAAGACCAGAAAGUAACAGUUAUCGAGACCAUAACCACGACCGUAACCAAAACUACCACCCUCAGUAAAACCAUUAUAAGUACCAGCACUCAGGAACCAAUUAGCAGUACAUCUGUAAUCGGCUCAACUGGUGCUCUCCUCACUAAACCUGAACUGAAGGAUGAUAAAGAUAGUGGCAUUGGAGUUAUGCCACAAAAAGCAAAUGUUGUCACUAACAAUGAUGCCAAUCCCUCUGUUGAAGAUGGUACCAAUUCAAUAGAAGUUGCCAAAAAUAGUGAAACUGAAGUCACGCCACAAUUUGUACAAGAUGCCACAAAAAGUGAAAGCAGGGCCAUUGAAGUCAUGUCACAAUCCAUACAAGAUGCCACAGGAAGCGGUGCCAUUGGAGUCAUGUCAAAAUCAGUACAAGAUGCCGCAAAAAGUGAAAUAAGUGCCUAUGAAACCUUGCCAUCACAGCAGGUACAAGAUACCAUGAAAAGUGAAAGUAUUGCAAGUGAUUCCACACCACAAUCAGUACAAGAUGCCACAAAAAGUGAAUCCACGCCACAAUCAUCCCGAAGUGCCUCACCAAAUGUUAAAGAACCCAUUAUCUCUCUGCCACGAAUUACCACAAAGUCAGGAAUCAAGGCAGCCUUAAUGGUCACCAACGUCCAUAAAUCAAAAGUUUUGAUGUCACGAAUGUCACGGCAAAGACGAGUGAGACGUCAAAAUAAUAACGGCGUCCUAUCAUCAACACAAACUGUUUGGAAAUUGCAACGAUACCGAAAAACAUCGUCCACACUGAAAAAAGAAAGUGCUAUGAAGCUCCCGUUGCCAUGGAAAUUUACAUCUGGGAAAUUGAGAAAGAAAAGUAUUUUCAGGCUACCAGCAUCUGUUACUCGAAAGUUAGCAAUCAGCGGAGGUCAGUGGGCUUACAGACGUGGAUUUACGUUCGGUGCAAAAUGGUUUUCAGGUCUUGAGCAAUAUUGGUUCUACCCCUGUCCUCGGCCGACGUUCAGUCUAACAUGGAGAUACAAACUUCAGAACGUCAACACAUUUGGUGCAGUCGCUCAUCUUAUCAGAAUAUUCUGGCACGCGAUUAAGUGGGAUAGGAUGACUAUGAGGCCUCAGAAUGAUGAUGUUGUCAAUUCUGUAACAACUGAUGAUGAAAUAAUAACAACAGAACUACUCAAGCGUAAAGACAAUUUAUCGACUGGACUGCAUUCGGAAUAUUACGUUCGUCGCAUAACAAUGCCGAUAACUGACCCAGAAGAAGAGGCUCUUAAAGCUAUUAAACCUGCUGAAGGCUACACUCCAUCUCGUAAAGGUCUUCGAUCUAGUAGGCGCUCGUUCACAGCACGAGAAAAUAAAAAAGAAACCGGACCCCAAGUCCAAAUGUUGUGGGUGCCUGAGGAAGAAGUAGAAUUGUGGCAGAUAAGACAGUUUGAUAUCCUGUUGAAACAACAGCAAAAUCGUACUCGGCCUUCAGCUACUACAACACCAUCUGCGACGUUCCUUCAAUCCGAAGUGAAUACUUUUAUCACAACGCCCUCCGGUGGAAUUCUACCAACGUUACAAAACCUUAAACCUUCAAGAAGUGAUCUGUCUACAUCUGGACCUGGGUUCAAUAUCGUGAAAUUGCCUCUUCAUCAGAACGCUCAAAUAUUACAGAAAUCUUUAAACAGUGGGAAGACAUUGAUUGGGAAAUCCCCAGUCUCAAAGAUUGUCGUGCAUCCUGGAACUGCCCAAUUCACACCAUACAAGCAAAUUGGUGGCUCAAACGUUUCAUCUCAGCAGACUAUUGUUCGUUCGACUCCGUCUGGAACUCAUUACAUUGUGCAGGGAGGAAAAUUGGUCAAACCUAUCAUGAUUAAAGCAAGUUCACCCGCAAUUGUAUCUCCUAUUCAGCCAAGGUCUCAACAUCCUUCAAUAAGAUUAAGUGAUGGCUCCCAUGCGAUCAAAUUCAACCAACAGUCCCCAAUGUUACCCAGCCCUGCAACGAUCGCACCGAGGCCCCCUGCCCCGAGUCAACAAACACAGAUCAAACUAACCACAUCACAGCUCUCUCAGUUGAUGAAAGUUGGGGCUGCAACCCCCGUUCGUGUGUCUGUUACCCUUGGAAAUGGGAGAACUGGUAUUGGGCAAAUCCAGCUCAUCCCUCCAGGAUCCCAAGUCACCCCUUCAUCAGGACAACAGCUGAUGCAGACUAGAGUUGGCGGGGAGGUCAAGAAGUUCUUGUUUACGCUGAUUUCUGAGACUAUACCACCACCUACUCCAGUGUCGCCUCCUGUCAAUGAAGUUAGUCUCAAAUCAGCCUCAUUAUCACAACGACUUCAACAAAUCCAAAAACAUCAAUUCAUGCCAGGGAGGAACAAAAAUACGGAAAUGAAACGAUUGAUGACAGACAAAGACCCAUUAUGGGGAAGCAAGCCUCAAUCUGCGGAACGUACUCCAACAAUCUCCUCCCACCAUCAACAUCGUCAUGACAAUGUAGAGCGACCGAGGCCGAAACCUCUCAGUAGAAUCAGAAAAGAAGAAGGAAUGAGGCAAACUGUUGUGAUGCAAGUGAUGAAAUCAAUCCUGGACAGAAUAGAAAGAAAAGAAGAACUGGAAAACAGGAAAAGAAAAAGGGAGGAAGCUUUACUGAAACAGAAGGAAAGAAAAGAACAAACAGAGCAGAUGAAAGUUCACAACCGUCAAACCCAGAUUCUUCACAAACAUCGAGAUCAUCUCAAGCAAGAUAUUCUCAAAAGAAGAGCAGUCGUUGAGAAAUACUUAACACAUGCUGCUAAGAACGAGCUACGUGAGGAUUUACGCAAACACCGCAGAAAUGUGACCGAAUCAACAGGGGCACCAGUUUCUAAACGACCAAAGAAAACAUCAGGAAACGCUAUCGUAACAAGUGCUGUCCUGACAGAGAACAAUUCAAAACGACCAAUCAAAGAAGGCAAAGGAAAUCAACAACCAAUCAUAAAGAAGCGUCGCGAAACUAUGUCCCCGCCUCCCGAACCUAAAAAAACGAAAAUGAUAAACACGCAAUCUAAGAAGAAAGAUACAAAGCUAUACUGCAUAUGUAAGACGCAGUAUGAUCCUACAAAAUUCUACAUCGGCUGUGAUCUGUGUCUUAACUGGUUCCAUGGUACGUGCGUUGGCAUCCCUGAGACACGAGCUAAGUCAAUGAACGAGUGGAUAUGUGAGGAAUGUCAGAAAGCAAAGGAAGAACCUGCACAAGAGCUGUAUUGUAUAUGUAGGACACCGUAUGAUGAUUCUAUGUUUUACAUUGGUUGUGACAUCUGCCAAGAUUGGUAUCAUGGUGAUUGCGUUGGAAUCUCUGAAAAGGACGCAGAUAAGAUAGAGUUCUACACAUGCCCUCGGUGUAAAAACAAGAAGAAGGGUGCCAGCUCAGCCGUUGCAGAAAAUUUACUCACGCCUUCGGACCAUAUUGCUUUAACAAAGAUUAUUAGAUCACUAAGGGCCCACAAGAUGGCUUGGCCGUUCCUUCAACCAGUCAGUAAAUACGAAGUCCCGAAUUAUUACAAAGUAAUAAAGAAGCCAAUGGAUCUUGGUACCGUCAUGAACAAGCUACCGUCGUACACGCUGCUUUCGGAGCUGAUGGGGGACAUAUCGUUAAUUUUCGAUAACUGCCGAAUGUUCAACGGAGCGGACUCUGCUCUCGCAAAGUGUGCGGAAAUUGUUGAGUCUGUUUUUGUUGGAAAAAUAAGAGAAUACAGAUCGAGAAGAAAAAGCAAAUGAAGGUCAUUACAAGGUCAAGGACAUUUUCCAAGGUCAUUCCAAUAAAUACAAACAUUUGG